CGGGAGGCGUGAGGUGGGCCCGCCUCCGCCAUGGUGCUCGAGUCGCUGGUGGCGGACGUCCUGAACCGCUUCCUCGGCGACUACGUGGAGAACCUGAACAAAUCCCAGCUCAAGCUGGGUAUAUGGGGGGGUAAUGUCGCGCUUGACAACUUAAAAAUAAAGGAGAAUGCACUAAGUGAACUGGAAGUUCCUUUCAGAGUCAAAGUUGGCCAUAUAGAUAAACUGACUCUGAAGAUUCCUUGGAAGAACCUGUAUGGUGAAGCAGUUGUUGCAACUCUAGAAGGCUUGUAUCUUCUUAUAGUUCCUGGAGCAAGCAUUAAAUACGAUGCAGAGAAGGAAGAAAAAUACUUGCAAGAUAAUAAACAAAAGGAGCUGGCCAGAAUUGAAGAAGCCUUACAGAAAGCAGCCGAGAAAGGUGCUCAUUCACAGGAUUCCUUGUACGGGCUGGAGAGUCUGAUUUACAAGGACACCAAGCCUGGACGUAAGCGUAAAAAGUAUAAAAAGCAUUUUAAGAGACCCUUUAAAGGUCGUGAUCACUCAAAAGAUAAACCAAAGGAGGAGAAGAAAGAUACUUUCUUGGAAAAGCUUGCAACUCAAGUUAUAAAGAAUGUCCAAGUCAAGAUCACAGGCAUUCAUGUUAAAUAUGAAGAUGAUAUCACAGAUCCACAGUGUCCAAUUUCUUUGGGAAUGACAUUGGGCGAGCUUAGUUUAUUGACGGCAAAUGAGAACUGGAAACCUUCAAUUCUAAAUGAUGCUACAAAAGUAAUUUACAAGCUUUUAUGCUUGGACAGCCUCAGUGCUUAUUGGAAUGUACACAGCAAAAUGUAUUAUCAUGGCUCCCAUGAACAAAUACUGGAUCAACUGAAAAGAGGAAUUCCACAUGGUGAUAACCAGCCUCAAGACUACCAGUACAUUUUUAGACCAAUAUCAGCUUCUGCAAGAGUUUUUAUCAACCCAAUUGCAGAAGUGGAACUGAAAACUCCCAAGCUCGAUUGUAAUGUAGAAGUACAGAGAAUUGCUAUUGAACUCACAAAGCCACAGUACCUCAGCAUGAUUGACCUUCUGGAGUCCAUAGAUUACAUGGUUCGCAAUGCGCCAUACAGGAAAUACAGGCCAAACGUAUGCCUCCAUAAAAAUGCCAGACAAUGGUGGAAGUAUGCAGGUGACAGCGUUCUUGAAGUUCACAUUAGAAGGUGUACUCGUAUGUGGUCAUGGAGUAACAUGAAACAGCAUAGGCAGCUUCUGAAGACUUACAAAAAUGCAUACAAGAACAAACUGACACAGAGCAAACUGUCAGAAGAAACUCACAGACAAAUUCAGGACCUAGAAAAAAAGCUUGAUGUCUUCAAUAUAGUCCUAGCAAGACAACAGGCACAAGCUGAGACAAUAAGAUCAGGACAGAAACUGCUGAAGAAGAAAGGCACUGAAGUUGAAAAAAAAAGUGGAGGAUGGUUCAGUGGUUUCUGGGGUAGGAAAGAAUCUAAAAAAAAGGAAGAUGAAGAAUCAUCCGUUCCUGAAACUAUCGAUGAACUAAUGACACCAGAAGAGAAGGCUAAGCUUUUUACUGCUAUUGGCUAUAGUGACACUUCCUAUCAGCUUUCCUUACCAAAACAGUAUAUUGCCCAUAUUGUGACAUUGAAGCUGGUAAGCACUUCUCUUACAAUUAAAGAAGACGAGAAUGUGGCAGAAACUCUUAAAGUACAGAUAAUUGAUCUGAGUACAAAAAUAUCACAACGCCCAGGAGCACAAGCCCUUAAGGUGGAAGCAAAGCUUGAAAACUGGUACGUCACAGGCCUGAGACAAGAGAACAUUGUACCAUCUCUUGUGGCUUCCAUUGGGGAUAGCGAGUCUUCUCUCCUGAAGAUAGAGUUUAAUAUUAACCCUGAAGACAGUACUGCUGAUCAAAGUCUUAGCAUUGUAUCACAGCCUGUGGAAAUAAAAUAUGAUGCAAGGACAAUAAAUGCAAUGGUGGAAUUCUUCCAGACAAGUAAGGGAAUGGAUCUUGAAAGAUUAACAUCAGCCACAUUAAUGAAGCUUGAAGAAAUCAAGGAACGAACUGCUACAGGAUUAGUUCAUAUUAUUGAAAUGAGGAAAGUCCUUGACUUGAAGAUUCAUCUGAAACCUUCCUACCUUCUGGUCCCACAGACAGGUUUCUACCAUGAAAAUUCAAAUUUGUUGAUUUUGGACUUCGGUACAUUUCAGCUGAACAGCAUAAAUCAAGGCAGUAGCGAAGCUUCUAGUUUUUCAUCUUUAGAGGAAAUUAUGGACAAAGCUUAUGACAAGUUUGAUGUGGAAAUAAAAAAUGUGCAACUUCUUUUUGGAAGAGCAGGUGAAGACUGGAAGAAGGCUCGUUUUCAGCGUUCAUCUUUACAUAUGUUACAGCCUAUGGAUAUUCAUAUACAGCUGGCAAAGUCAAUGGUGGAGAAAGAUACUAGAAUGCCAAAGUUUAAAGUGUCCGGAGGGCUUCCUUUGGUGCAUAUCAGGGUUUCUGACCAGAAAAUCAAGGCAAUUUUUGAUCUGAUUGAUAGUAUUCCAUUGCCUCAGAGGUCAUCUGUUCCUGUUCCAAGCACAAAGGCAGCAGCUAUUCCUGCAGUUCCUGUUGAUGACAAAGGGUUGCUUACUACACCCCCCUUGUUAGCAGAAAUGGUGUCAGACUCUGAAGAAUAUUCUGAUUUUGAAGAAAGUUAUGAAAAAAGCACUUGGACACUAAGUAAGGGAGAAGAAAUAGGAAAUAAGGAAUCUGCUAAAGAGGAACUGACAGAUCUUCAACUGAAGUUUGAAAUUAAAGAGGUUCUGCUAGAACUCACCAAGCAAGAAAAAACUGAGGAAACGGUACUUGUGUUUGAUGUAAAGCAUCUUGGGACAGAAGCAACUGUCAGAACGUUUAAUUUAGCAGCUGUAUCAUAUUUGAAGACAAUAAGCUUGGAUUACUAUGAAAUUGGAGCUAAAAAAGCGCCCCUUCAUUUAAUUAGUUCAUCUGAUAAGCCUGGAUUAGAUCUUCUGAAGGUGGAAUAUAUCAAGGCUGACAAAAAUGGUCCACAGUUUCAGAAUGUUUUUGACAACACUGAACAGAAGAUUCAAGUAGCUUUUUCAUCACUUAACGUUCUGCUGCAUACAGAGGCCCUUCUGUCUGCUGUCAGUUUUCUAGCAACUGUUAGUCCAUCAGGAAAUGGAAGUAGUAGAGAGGCACCAACUACAGAAGAAACAGAAGAAAAGCAACAGGAUGACCUUACAUUAAAGAAAGUGACGAGACCUUCUAAGGAUACGUUUGUCUUUGACUUCAAGCUCUUUGCCAAGCUGGAUGCCUUUUGUUUAAAUAUUUGUGAUGAAAAAAAGAACAUUGCAGAAAUCAAGAUUCAAGGUCUUGAUUCAUCUCUUCUUCUUCAGUCAAAUCAAACGGAAUUCUUUGCCCGACUUAAAGACAUAGUUGUUACAGAUGUUGAUACAAGGACCCUUCAUAAAAAAGCCAUAUCUAUAGUGGGAGAUGAAGUUUUCAGUUUCAGUCUGAUAUUAUAUCCUUACGCUACUGAGGGAGGAGCCUAUACUGAUAUGACAAAAGUGGAUGGUACUGUAUCUUUGAAAGUGGGCUGCAUUCAAGUAGUAUACCUUCACAAAUUUCUUGUAUCUUUGCUGACCUUCUUGAACAACUUUCAGACGGCUAAGGAGGCACUGAGUGCUGCUACAGCCCAAGCUGCAGAAAAGGCUGCAACCAGUGUGAAAGAUUUGGCUCAAAGGAGCUUUCGACUUGCUAUGGACAUUCACUUAAAAGCACCUGUUAUAGUCAUUCCUCAGUCCUCAGUUUCCUUCAAUGCUAUAGUUGUAGAUCUUGGCUUGAUUCAGGUUCAGAACCAGUUUCGCUUGGUGUCUCCUGGAGGCAGUUCGCUUCCUCCAGUCAUUGACAAAAUGGAUGUGCAUCUGACUAAGCUGAAACUGUCUAGAACUACUAUGGAGGCAGGUUUGACACAUCAGGACAUUCAGAUACUUCACCCUAUUAAUUUGAGCCUGUCUGUCAAUCGAAAUCUAGCUGCAACUUGGUUUCACAAAUUGCCAAUGUUGGAGGUCACAGGGUAUCUGGAUACAAUGAAUGUUGUGGUAAGUCAAGAAGAUUUGAAUGUCUUCCUCAAAGUGUUGACAGAAAACCUUGGUGAAGCAGAACAAUCUAAUGCAAAACAAAUACUGCAAGAGGAAGGUGAAAUCAAAGUAAUGGAGCAGUCAGCCUUGAUGCAGAGUAUGGGUGUUUCGGAAGAAGUUCUGUCUGAGAAGAGAAAAGAAACAUUAAAUGAAGAUGUCAUCAAUGUGCUGCUUAAUUUUGAAAUCAAAGAGGUUGUAGUAACCCUGAUGAAGCAGGUUCAGAAGAAGAGGUAUCCAUUACACAUUCUAAAUGUAUUACAACUUGGAACCAAAACUGAAAUCAGAAAUCAUGAAUUGACUGCAGCAGCGUAUCUGAAAAAGAUAAUUAUGAGAUGCACUGAAAUAACUGACUCAAAUGGAGAUCCUCUCUGUAUUAUUAACUCUUCAAGUAAGACAGACGAGCCUCUUCUGAAAAUGGAAUACAUUAAGGCUGAUGCAGAUGGACCUGAUUUUGCUACUACUUACAAUAGCACCAAGCAAAACAUUGAUGUUGUCUUUUCAUGUUUGGAUAUAGUACUUCACACAGAGGCUUUGAUUUCCAUCAUGAGUUUUCUCACUUUCAGUGUUCCAUCGAGUGCUCUUCCCAGCACUGAUAAAGCACCAGACCAAAAGCCUCAAACAGACGAAAAAGAAAAAGGAAUAGUCCUCAGACCAGCAUUUGGUAGCACAACUGACGAUGAUAUCUGUGAAUUGAAGCUUACUGCAAAUCUAAAUGCCUUCAGUAUUUUAGUCUGUGAUCAGACUUGUAGAAUUGCAGACAUUAGAGUACAAGGAAUGGAUGCAUCCGUAGCCGUGAAAACUAAAAAGAUAGAUGUGUUCUCCAGACUUGAGGACAUCAUAAUCACAAAUGUUGAUCCUAAAACAAUCCAUAAAAAGGCUGUCUCCAUAAUGGGGGAUGAAGUCUUCAGAUUUCAGAUGUCACUUUAUCCAGAUGCUACUUCAGGGGAAGCCUAUGCUGAUAUGUCAAAGGUGGAUGGUAAAAUGUCUCUGAAAGUGGGCUGCAUCCAAAUAGUUUAUCUACAUCAAUUCUUCAUGUCUCUCUUGAACUUCCUAAACAACUUCCAAGCUGCCAAAGAAGCCCUGAAUGCGGUCACUGUCCAGGCAGCGGAAAUGGCUGCUUCCAGCAUGAAAGACUUUGCUAAGAAGAGUUUCCGUCUCUUAAUGGAUAUCAACUUGAAAGCUCCAGUUAUAGUUGUUCCUGAAUCCUCAACUUCCUGUAAUGCUUUGGUAGCUGAUCUUGGUUUAAUCAGAGUUCAGAAUGAAUUUAAAUUUGUGUCUUCAGAUGAAUCUUCUCUUCCUCCAGUCAUUGACAACAUGGACGUGCAGCUAACUCAUUUGAAACUAUCAAGAUGCAUUUUAUCUGCAGAUUCUCAACCAGAUUCUGAAAUCCUCUGUCCUGUGAGUUUGACUUUACUGGUCCAGAGAAAUUUAGCAGCAACUUGGUAUCGUAAAGCCCCAGCAAUUGGCAUCAAAGGAGAUCUGAAACCAAUGCAGAUAGCUCUCAGUCAGGAUGAUCUAACCGUUAUCAUGAAAAUUUUACUUGAGAACCUUGGAGGGGCUUCUUCCCGUCCAGAUACCAUGCAGCAGAGCAUUGAGGAUAACCAGAUGGUUAGGAAAGAGAAGGUUCCAAAUGAAUCUGAUGUCUCUGAGGGACAAGAGAAUGUUUCUCCAUCUCAGUCUCCUGCAGAAUGUUAUACAAUGCUUACAUUUGACUUCAAUUUUGAGUCGCUUUCAGUAACUCUCUACAACAGCGAUUUGAAUCAGAAAUCCCUGCUUUUGCUGCAUGAUGAGAAAUUACACCUUGGUGAACUCCGACUACAUCUCAUGGCAUCAUCAGGGAAUAUACUCUCUGAUGGCUCAAUGGAUGUGAAUGUUAAACUUAAGGCAUGCACCCUGGAUGAUCUCAGAGAAGGAAUUCAGAAUGUGACAGCAAGAAUGAUAGACAAGAAAGAUAACACAAAUGACGGUUCUAUGAUAGAUAUGAGUUACAAACAAAAUAAAAAUGGAACUGAAGUUGUUGCUAUCCUUGACAAGCUCUACGUGUGUGCCAGUAUGGAGUUUUUGUUGACAGUAGCAGAUUUUUUCAUUAACUCCAUGCCAAAAUCCUCAACGGAAAGAUCAACACAGCUCCAUAUGAAGAAUGUUACUUCUGGUAAAUUGAAGCCAGAAACAGAAAUACCUUUUCAGCCAAAUAUGAAAGUAAAAGCUGUGAUCAUGGAUCCAGAAAUUGUGUUCGUUGCUAAUUUGACCAGCGCUGAUGCCCCUGCCUUAAAAGUUUCCUUCCAAUGUGACUUUUCUCUGACAUCAGGAAAGGCUGCACAAAGGAUGACUGCUCAAGUGAAGGACUUCAAAGUAUUGGCUUGUGCUUUUCUCAGAGAAAAGCAGGACAAGAAUGUAACUAAGGUGUUACAGCCAUGUGCUUUGGUCAUGGAAAAUAUGAUGCAUGUUUCAGGGCUGCAGACUGUGGUUGUAACAGUAGAAGAGCUUACUAUAAAGAUCUCACCAAUCAUUCUGAACACUGUGGUGACCAUUAUGGCUGCCAUAAAGCCAAAAACUACAGAGGAGGAUUCUAAAGGAGCAGCAGAAGUUCCUGAAGAUCUGUGGCAAGUGAAGCCUAUAGAUGAGUGCAAUGCUUGGUUCCUUGGUGUUGAUGUAGCCACAGAAGCAACAGAAACUUUUAAGGACCAUGAACAUGCUGUGAAACAAGAAAAGUUUGACAUUGUAGUGAAAUCUGUUCAGAUCACCUUGGAAUGCGGUCUGGGGCAUCGUACUGUCCCUUUAUUGUUAGUGGAAUCUGUAUUUUCUGGUGUUCUUAAGAACUGGUCCUCAUUGAUGGAAGUCUCUGCUGAUAUGUCACUGGAGAUUCAUUAUUACAACGAAACUUAUGCAGUAUGGGAACCUCUAAUUGAAAGAAUUGAAGGAGGAAAGAAGCAAUGGAGUUUAAAGCUGGAAAUGAAGACUAACCCUGUGCAAGAAAGAAGUUUGAUGCCUGGAGAUGAUUUCAUUGUUUUUCCUGAGCCACAAACUGCAGUUAACAUCUCUUCGAAGGAUACAAUGAAUAUAACAAUAUCCAAAUGCUGUCUUGCUGUAUUCAGUUAUUUAGCCGAGGCAUUUUCAGAAGGGACUGCAUCUACAUUUGACUACUCCUUUAAAGAUACAGCUCCUUUCAUAGUGAAAAAUGCCCUCGGUGUUCCUCUCAAAGUAUUUCCUAGCUCCAGUUUUCGAAUUACCAAUUCAGCUGAAAAAGAAGACAUGCACUAUGUAGGAAGCGGUGAGAACAUGGAACUGGAAUACUCGUUUUUUGAAGCUCCACAACACAGGAAGCUGUCUGCCUUGUACCGACAGGAGAGCUCUGUCUUCUCAUUAAGUUUAGAACUGGAAGGAUACAAGGAAGUGGUAAACAUUCCCAUUGCCAAACCAGGUCGACGACUGUACAACAUUAAAAGCCUUCUUGAUGGUCAUUCAGACUCUAUCAUUGUACAGAUUGAUGCGGCAGAAGGAAAUAAGGUUAUUACUGUACGGUCUCCUCUACAGAUUAAGAACCAUUUGUCUAUCCCAUUUGUAAUCUAUAAACUGAGUAGGGAGUCCAGAUUGCUGGAGCCAAUUGGCACAUCCAAGCCUGAAAAGGAGUUUCAUGUUCCCUUACAAUCAUACAGGUGUCAUCUGUAUGUUCGACCAACAGGAAUGUUUGAGGGUCAGUUUAGAGAAUCCACAACUAAUAUUGUCUGGAGAGAAGAGCUACAUAGGAGCAAUGAAGUAAAGUGCUUGUUACAGUGCCCAGCCACCGAGACCAAUUUCUUGCCUCUAGUAGUCAGCACAACAGCAGUACCUGAUCAGUUAAACUAUAUUUCAGCAUAUGGAGAGGAGUGGGAUCCUGCCUACAUUAUCCAUCUUCACCCUACACUGAUUGUGAGGAAUCUCCUGCCAUACUCCCUGAGAUAUUUACUGGAGGGAGCAGCGGAAGCUCAUGAAUUGCUGGAGGGGAGUGCUGCAGAUGUUUUUCAUUCCAGAAUCAAUGGGGAAAUAAUGGAGCUUGUGUUGAUAAAAUAUCAAGGCAAAAACUGGAAUGGCCAUCUUAAAAUUCAUGAAGGGAUGCCUGAAUUUUUUCCAGUAUGUUUUACAUGCCAUUCUGCAACAGUGAUGACAGUGGACUUGUACAUACAUAUCAGGCGAAUUGGAAGCCGUAUGAUCUUGUCUGUCUUCAGUCCAUACUGGAUAAUCAACAAGACUUCUCGUAUUCUUCAGUAUCGAGCUGAAGACACUCAUGUGAAGCAUCCUGCAGAUUACAGAGAUAUUGUUUUGUUCUCCUUCAAGAAGAAAAAUAUUUUCAGUAAAAAUAAGAUCCAGUUAUGUAUUUCAACAAGCACUUGGUCCAGCAGCUUUUCCCUUGAUACUGUAGGAAGCUAUGGAUGUGUCAGGUGUCCAGCUAACAGCAUGGAGUAUCUGGUUGGAGUUAGUAUCAAAAUGAGCAGUUUUAACCUUACAAGGAUAGUUACCUUUACUCCAUUCUACACAAUAGCAAACAAAUCUUCUCUGGAACUAGAAGUUGGUGAAAUUGGUCCUAAUGGCUCUUUUCCAACUAACAAAUGGAAUUAUAUCGCAGCUUCAGAGUGUCUUCCGUUCUGGCCUGAAAACUCAUCUGGUGAACUUUGUGUAAGAGUAGUUGGCUCUGAAAGUGCAUCCAAACCAUUCCUGUAUCAAGUCCCAGAUAAUGGCACUCUGUUGAGGCUGGAAGAAUUGACAGGGGGCUUAUUGGUAGAGGUGAAUGUGUCAGAGCACUCUACUCUUAUAAGCUUCUCAGAUUACCAUGAGGGAGCUGCUCCAGUGCUUAUUGUUAACCAUACUUCAUGGGACUCCCUCAGAUAUAAACAGAGUGGAUUACAGGAGGAAAUGGAGUUGAAACCGAAGCAAGUAUGCCUGUUUGCAUGGACAGAUCCAACUAAAACAAGAAAAUUGGCUUGGGGCUACUCUCGGAGCUUUGGUGAACAUGAUCUGCUGAAGGAUGAAUGUGGCCAAUUUCCAUAUAAUGCAAAUACUCAGAUACACUGGGUUUCUUUCCUGGAUGGUCGUCAACGUGUGCUGCUUUUCACAGAUGAUGUUGCGUUGGUUUCCAAAGCAUUGCAAGCUGAAGAGCUAGAGCAACCUGAUCAAGAAAUAAUCUUGUCAAUUCACAGUCUUGGACUUUCUCUUGUUAACAACGAAAACAAAAAAGAAAUCUCUUACAUAGGAAUUACCAGUUCUGGUGUUGUCUGGGAAGAAAAACGGAAGCAGAAAUGGAGGCCGUUUAAUCAAAAACAAAUAAACCUUUUGGAACAAUCCUAUCAAAAGUAUCUUAGUAAGCGUGCUUUCCAAGGUCCAGGUUGGCAUAAACUGGACAGCACUACGGAGGUGAAUUUUAGUAAGGUCCCAAUGGAAAUGCGCCUCCCAGUUAGAUGCAGCAUUCGCCGUAACUUCCUAUCAGGAAUUCAUGUUGAGUUCAAACAGUCACCUCACCAGAGAAGCUUACGAGCUCAAUUGUAUUGGCUACAGGUUGAUAAUCAGUUACCAGGAUCGAUGUUCCCUGUCGUGUUUCACCCAGUAGCCCCUCCCAAGUCAAUUGCUCUGGAUUCAGAACCAAAACCGUUCAUUGACAUCAGUGUUAUCACUAGAUUUAAUGAAUACAGCAAAGUACUGCAAUUCAAGUACUUCAUGGUUCUUAUCCAGGAAAUGGCUCUGAAAAUUGACCAAGGAUUCUUAGCAGCACUUAUUGAUUUUUUCACUCCAUCUACAGAUCCAGAAGAUGAAAGGCAGAGGUCUAAAUUAAUUCAGCAAGAUGUGGAUGCACUUAACACUGAACUAAUGGAGACUUCCUUAACAGACUUGUCAAUGCUGAGCUUUUUUGAGCUUUUUCAUAUUUCUCCAAUUAAGUUGCAUUUGAGUCUGUCUCUGGCUUCUGGUGGAGAAACAUCAGAUAAGGGUGGAGAAAUGAUAGCCAUCCAUUCUCUUAAUUUACUGUUGAAAAGUAUUGGAGCUACUCUAACAGAUGUGGAUGAUCUUAUUUUCAAACUUGCAUACUUUGAAAUUAAAUAUCAGUUCUACAAGAGAGACCAACUGAUGAAGAGAGCUGUUAGACAUUAUAGUGAGCAGUUCCUGAAACAGAUGUAUGUUCUUGUACUUGGGUUAGAUGUUCUUGGAAACCCAUUUGGCUUAAUCAGAGGCUUGUCUGAGGGAGUUGAAGCUUUCUUUUAUGAGCCUUUCCAGGGUGCUGUUCAAGGACCUGAAGAAUUUGCUGAAGGCUUUGUAAUUGGUGUUAGAAGUCUUCUUGGACAUACAGUAGGUGGUGCUGCAGGGGUGGUGUCUAGGAUCACUGGUUCUGUUGGGAAAGGUUUAGCAGCCAUUACUAUGGAUAAAGAAUAUCAGCAAAAACGGAGAGAGGAAAUGGGUCGUCAGCCAAGAGAUUUCAGCGGCAGCCUGGCUAAAGGAGGAAAAGGCUUUUUACGGGGUGUUGUUGGGGGUGUGACAGGAAUAAUUACUAAACCUGUAGAAGGGGCUAAAAAAGAAGGUGCAGCUGGAUUCUUCAAAGGAAUUGGAAAGGGACUCGUAGGAGUGGUUGCCCGCCCAACAGGUGGCAUUGUAGAUAUGGCGAGCAGUACCUUCCAGGGAAUUCAAAGGGUGGCAGAAUCAACAGAAGAAGUACCUAGUCUCCGCCCUCCACGUUUCAUUCAUGAAGAUGGCAUCAUCCGACCAUACGAUAGAGUGGAAGCUGAGGGUUAUGAUUUAUUUGAGCAAGAACUGGAAUAAAGGAGUAAACGUUUUCCUUAUUUCUUCUUGAUUUCCUUUGUGAACUUUAAUUAACCUUAAUUAUUUUAGAUUAAGGGCAUGAUUGCAUUUAACUUGUCCUCUCCCCACUUGUCAUGUCUUUUCUUUGUAGUAGAUAGUGUUUCAUGUUGUCCAUGCUAAGAAGGCAAACUAAAAAUGAACUUGAGUUUCUAAGGUAAGACUGGUUAAGUGAGGAAGAUGAGAGGGAAUAGGGAGCGCUUUUCUUUUAUGUCUGUUUUUAUGAGAACGCUUAGCUCCUUCUGAAUGGCAGGUAAUAAGGACACUUGAGUAGGAGAAAUAAUAAUCAUGGUAGCAUAGAUGCUGAAUAUGCUUGGUUGUUAAUGUUACCAUUCUCAUAGAGCUAGGACUGUGGAUGAAGGGAGUAAUGUAUGAGCAACAAAACUUAAAAUAGUACUGAAUAGAAAAUACUACUUUGAAAAUUUUUGCUUAUAAUUUCAUAAUUACAGGGAAAUACUGUUUCCAUAAAAACUUCAAGAAAACUUUGUCGUUCUGGUUUCUGUAAUAUGCUAUAGGCCAAUCACUUAGAUGUUUGAUGAAGCCCUGUGCCUUUCAGUAAUCAUUUCUACUACUACUCUGUGGAAUUCCAUCAAUUAGAGAUAUUAUAGCCAGUUUAUUGACUCUGAUUUCAUUCACAGAAUCUUCUGGGACUUUUCUGUUUAACAUAAUUAAGUGUCAAAUUAUAGUUAAAUAUAUUUCUACAGGAAGUGAUGCCAUAAAUUUCAUUUCUAACGCAGCACCGUAAAUUAACAAAGCUGAACAAGUUGUCUUAGGAGCAAAGUAAUUUCAUGUAAUAAAUGAACAGAACUUCAAGCAGAUACAUCUCUGCUGCUAAUACCUUCAGAAUUCAGAGUUCAAUAGUCAACAUUUUUCAUUUAAGUUGAUUAAAGAAAGGAAAUGUAAUAGGGAUUUUUUAAUUUUAGCUAUUUUAGAGGAAUUGUUGUUAUUAUGUAUGGAGCAAAACAGUUUUUUUCAUACAAUGAAAUUUUUUUUAAUUUUAACUUCUGUUAUUUUUAAAUAGUGCAGAAGAUAUUUUUCACUAAUCUUGUGCUUUCUUACUAGUUUCACUGCUUGCUCCAUCUGUUAAAAAGGAAAAUGUAGCAUAAUUAGCACUGAAAAGUGGAUGUUUUGCAUUUCUCGUACAUCUCAUAUUUGUUUCUUUCUUUGGCCUAAAUUGUUUUGAUCAGAAUUAUAUACUAAACAAGAAUGAAGCCUGUGCAUAGUCCUUUAGAUGGUCUCUUCCUUUUGGAAGCCAAUUAAUUGAACACAGCUUUUAUUUUACUUACAUGUGUAUUUUAAACUGGUUUUGAUGUCUUACCUAGAGUCUAGCAUUGGGAAAGUUAUGUUUCUAAGUAUAAAUUCCAAACAAGGUGGGCAGUGUCUUACAGGAAAUAAGAUAUUCCAGCAGGGAAAACAAAUCAGAAGGUCAGUUUGUAUGGACAAAUUUAUUUGCCAAAAGUUAAUUUAUGCAUCAGUUUGGUUUAUUUUUGAUUCUGGUUCUGACCCAAGAGUGCAAGUAGUUCAACCGGGAUUUUCUCCUUAUCUCAUUAACUGUUUUUCCCCCCUCCCCUUUGUAAGAAGCUGAAGAAUAAAAAUUAUUCAGAAUUGGAAAACUGUAAUAUGUAAAUGUGUUUUGGAUUCUUAAUUCCUAUAUUCUCUUGCAUGCUUGGCUUCUUGAUGCUUUCUAUCUGCUGAACAAACAUUGACCUAGAAAUUAUUCUCCUGCCUAUGCAGUUAAAAUUAUUUCCAGUUCCAUUCUUACCUCUGCCAAAUACUUUUGUAUCUUGCCUUGACUGUAUCAUCCCUGAUUCUGCCACUGACUUAUACCUUAUUAAAUUGAGUAAUUAAUUCAAAUUCAAUUUAGAAAGCUCUGCUUCUUGCCUAUUGCUUUAGCCAUGUUAAUGGCACAGCUCAGAUCCAUUUACAGAGUUCAUUGUUGGUAUCAAAUUACAGAUGACUUUCCUUAGUUGAUUUAAAAACCUCGUGUUUCAAUAUGCUUUUUUUUUUUUCUUUUCAGUCACAUAUUAACUCCUUCUCUUUUCCAUGGGAAAAUCUUAGCAUUCUCAUUACUCUGACUUAACUCCUCUACAGUGGAGCUGUGCAAAAUACUUUUCUAGUUCACUCUGCUUUGACUUUUUAAAUUUACUCUGAUAUGUAUAUCCUUUUAAAAUAAAUAUAUAUAUCCAAGGUUGGAACCUUGUCAUGUUACCUUAAGGAAUGGAUGCCUUAAAAAUAUCCAGUGAUUGGACAAAAGAUGUUUAACGUAAAAAUGUAGAUGUUUCUAAAUGUUAGAGCUGGUGAGCAUAUGUAUAGGUCAAAUCUUAAAAGACAAAUUUGUUGCUGUUUUUCUUCUCAGAAGGGUGAUGGGUUUUUUUGGGUGCACAGUGAGGAGUAGGAUGGAUUAGGCUGAUUGGCUACGAUGUUCAUUAGGAAAAAAAAUGGCAACUUGAGGAGAAUUGUUUCUUGAGAAAUGAGUUUACUCAUGAGCUUGGUUAGUUGUUGCCUUUUAAUGUGUGGGUAUUACUGCCUGUUCUGAUGAGGAGACUCCCAUCUAUCCCCAUCACUUGAGGUCUGGCAGGAUGUGAUGUGUUCUUAUUCUUGUCUGUAGUGCUACUUUGCCUCAUUUCCUAGUUAACACAUGGAGCUUUAUUAAGGGUAUAGAGUACUUUAGGAAUGAUUAGGUGAUGUUAUUAUUUUUUUUCAGUACGAAAAACAAUAUCUGUCAAAAAAUGACAGAUUCCAUAUCUAGUUGAGUUUCAGUUCUGCUGUGUAUAUAUGCAUUAGCUCCUUUAUUUCCACGUAAAAUAACAGGAAUUGCACUUUUAAAAAGUGCUGUAGUAGUCUCAUCAGAAUAAAAGCUUCUGAUAAAGAUGCCUGAAUUUGAACAGCGUAUGCAUAUCACAAAGUAAUUUGCAUCAAGAGACCCCUCUUUACAUAAUGCACCACUGUAAUGCAUUGAAUUUGUAUCAGGAGUGUUGGUACAGCUCUGGCAAAUACUGCAUUUGUUGGGCUGAGAGCUCCAUGGAGGCUCUUGUCUUGGUAUACAAAACUUAAUACCAGGAUAGCUUUUGAAGUUAGGGUUACAAAACCAGACUUUCUCAUCAAAGUUUUGAGUUUAAAUGGAGGAAUAAGAUUAUGAAUAAAUCUGUUCAAAAGUGCAGUAUGUCUCACUUUUUGCAUAUCCAACAGCAAUUCAGAAUGUGAGUUCCAACUUAUGAAUUGUGGUCUUGCACAAUGAUGUGUUUUGCUUUCCUUUUCUUGUAUUUAAAUGUAUAUAUUCAGAUUUAUAUAGCUGAAUCAGCUAUGAUUUGGGUAUAAAAUGUAAGGUUAUGUUGUGAUUUUUAAUAAUUUGCUGCUGUCUUUCUAUGUGUGAAGCCAUCCUUUGUGGCGUGUUUUUCUCUUUCAUGUCUAUUUUACAGUAUUGAAGUUCUAAGAUGGUCAGAAAAUUGAUUUUACAAGUAUAUAUUAUAGAAGAUGGGGACCCUAUAUUUUUGCUUGGUUCAAAAAUUGUAUAUAUAUUUUGAUAUCGCAUUCCUUAGGAUCAACUCCAGGAAAACACUAUGCUGUUGAUUUCAUCUACUGUGCAUUUAUCCAUGUUUGAUCUUAAAGGGUUUUGCUGGGAUCUGUUGAAAUGUAUGAUGAUGCUUUAAGAUACUUGUUUAAAUAAAUGAGAAUAAAAUGCAAA